AGUUUUGCCAUGUCGAAUAAUGUUGUUAAUCCUCUGCUCUAUGCGUGGUUGAAUCCAACGUUCCGAAAGCUCGUCGUGAGCACGAUUUUCGGUAGAGUCGGGAAACGAGGGAGCUCAAGAAUGAUUAAUCGGCCAUGGGUGUACAGGAAUUUACCAGCGAAGAGUCAAAUCGAGAAACUGAACGACUCACAAGCGCCCGUAACCGCGGAAACGUUAAUGACCAAUGUACCGUCCAAGUUGAAAGAAUUAAGCUUGGUCACAAACGAGUACAACCUCCAGGCAAAGCAAAUGACAACACAAUCAGAUUCGAAACUAAUUGAGUACGACGAUGGCGACACAUUUGUCUAGCGAUAUCUCUAUUAGGA